AUGAGCACCGAAUCGGGAGUCAAGACACAGCCGACCUUUGACAUAGUCGCGACAUAUCGCCGCAUCCUCAAAGAUGACCCCGAGCUUACUAUGCCCGUGGCGGCCAUCGAGGCGCUCGUAGAAGCCAUUGCACAGAGCUCCGUCUCGACCGUCGCCGAGACACUCGACCUACUCGAACGGCACACAGCUGCCCUGAAGGCUUCAAUCGCGAACCCCAUCUCCCUUUCCGCCGGCACAGAUCUCUUCCAGCGCUAUCUGAUCACAACGCUUAACCGCCCCGCAAGCCUGAACCUGGGCCCAGACGACGACUUCCGCGCGAUACGGAACCACCUACUCUCCAACGGCAAGCUCUUCGUAGACCGUGCAAAACAGAGCAGGGAGAAGAUAGCGAGCUUCGGCAAGCACUUUAUCCGCGACGGCGGCACAGUGCUCACAAAUGGUGGUUCGCGAGUAGUGGGCGCGCUACUGAGAAGGGCAGCCGAGUCAAGCACUCUCCGCUUCAAGGUCAUAUACGUCCUCCCUUCAUCAAGCUCGUCGGACGCGAAAGAGGGCCUUCAGACCGUCGCCGACCUCCGAGACCACAACGUUCCAGUAGCCACGAUCCCAGACUCAGCCGUCGCCUACUCCCUCGGCAAAGUCGAUAUGGUUAUUGUGGGAGCCGAAGGUGUCGUAGAGAACGGCGGUAUCAUUUCGCGCAUGGGCACGUAUCAGUUGGGCGUACUAGCCAAGAGCAAAGGAAAGCCUUUCUACGUGGUUGCCGAGAGCCACAAGUUUGUCAGGCUAUAUCCCCUCAGCCAGUUUGAUUUGCCCAUCGAGCAGAAGGUGCUAGACUUCAAGGUCGCAGAGGAACCCAAGGACGAACAAAAGGCGAAGAGUGACGAAGAGCAACGGAACGUCUUCGACGAAGCCAUCGCAGACAUGGCUGCCAAGGGGUCAACAGCCGCUCCACUCGACGCUCAUGACGCUGUCGACUUCACGCCACCUGAUCUGAUAUCUGGUAUCAUUACUGAGUCUGGCGUCCUCACCCCGUCUGCCGUUUCAGAGGAGUUGAUCAAGAUAUGGUUUUGAGCCCUCCCUGAGCAUAGCCUACAUCCCACACCAGAGCAACUAUUCUACUGCAAGCGCACAAUGGGCAUAUAGUCUUGUGGAAGGUACUCACAUCAAUCAUAGGAACUUCGUAGAAGGCGAAUCUGUGACUCCGCAACCUUCACGCGUACGCCGCAACCGGCGCAGCACGUCUCGAGAUUGGGACAUUCAUGUCGCAAGGUAUCAUGCGCAUGAAAAGCUCACCUGAAAACGCUCGAAAAUUGGCUAUUUUGCCAAAGAAGACUGGAAUAAGCGAGUACGAUGAAAGACAACGACCAGUUAUGACGUGGUAUCGCGCUGGCGAUGCCGGCAUAUGAUACCCAAUAGAUUUAUGCAAUGGCAACAUUUCUUGGCCCUCCUACCUCUUCAAGGAGCUGGCCUUAUUGUAACGAC